CUUCGGAGGAAGAUGAUCCUCUCCAUGACUCCAUCGCACCACCCACCCGCCUCCUUUCUUCUUUCCAUCGUCCGCUGGGCGGAACUUGUGUGUCUGUAUGUACACAUCGAGCAGCCCGAUGCCUCUAAAGAAUACGCAGAUGUUCAUUCCCAGCUCCAACUCAACCGGUCUGCGCUUUUUCUCAGCCUCUCUGUUGGGCACACAUACAUUGCACCGUGCCUGAGUCACCGCAGAUGCGCUGUUGACUGUCCCACAGUCUAUACCCUAAACUAGGUAAUAUCUCUAGAAGAGUAAGGGGGUCAAUGACAGCCUCGUCAACGCUGAACCCACGGGCCCCUAUCUCUGGUGCUGUGCCUUCUUAAUGCUUUAGCGCCAGUGCAUGAUACUCCCUCGUCUGCAAGUGCCCAAAGCGGCCUCAGUGUUGCUAUUGAUCGCCUAGAUGUUCCUGAUCCCCUGCCUGUUUUUCGCGCUUUUUUUUUAAU